UAAAAGAUAAAUUCUGUGCAAUGCUUCACUUCCGGUGAGCAAAUCAGCUGAAAAAACAUGGCGACUCCUACAAGUAUUAUCAAAUCAACGCAGAAAAAAAGGCAUUAUUGUUGUGUUUGUUCAAAUUUCCGUGGGAAAGUGGUUGAUGGACGAACAAUUGUGUUACAUAGAUUUCCAGCGGACAUUAAUUUGAGACGAACAUGGAUAAAACGUGUAAAAACCGUGAUGAAGAAAUUCACCUUCAACAACAAUGCAAGGCUAUGUUCAGCACAUUUUGUGGACGGUCAGAUGUCGGAAAAACACAAUGUUCCUUCAGUCUUUGAGUUUCCAACGAAAAGAAAAUUAUUUGCAUUAUCAUCGGUGAGUUCCCACCAAGACACAACUGAAGAUGACGAGAUUUUCUUCGCCACACCUCAAAAUACAAUGCCGAGGAAAUUUCAGUCGGCAUAUCCAAGUACGCGUGUUAUUAUAGACUGUACAGAAUUCUUUACCGAGACACCACAAUCGUUGAUAAACAAGUCAUUAAUGUAUUCACACUACAAAUCACAUAUGACUUACAAAGCCUUGCUUGGAAUAAGUCCUUCCGGAUUAAUAACUUUUGUGUCUGACAUGUGGGCUGGUGGUAUAAGUGACAAGCAGAUCACAAGAUCUUGCGGUAUACUUGACCUAUGUGAGCGCGGCGAUGCCAUCAUGGCUGAUAAAGGCUUUUUGAUAAGUGAUUUAACGACACCGAGAGGAUUACACUUGAUAAUACCACCACUGAAACAUAAGAGAUUUUCUCGUCGGGAGGUUGAAGAGACUAGGCGCAUUGCUAAUUUGAGAAUCUAUGUGGAAAUGGCUAUGGAACGUGUUAAAAAUUUCAGGAUACUACAAGGCACAAUACCUAUUACAAUUUCAAAACAACUCACACAAAUUCUGAAAUUAUGUGCGGGACUAUCAAACCUUCAGCCUCCACUGGUACUAGAUGACUGAACUGUUCUGUAAGCUUGUAAGAAAAUGUGCUUCUGCUCUAAUUUAGUCUAAACGGAGUAGAAAUGUUUCCUUCAUUGUUGAAGUUGAGUUAGUGCCGCAAUAUAAUCAGGAAGAACUUUAAACUGAAAACAAUUUUUUGAAAUGCUUUCCUGUACUGAUAUAUGGAAUAUAUGCAAGAUGAAUUUAGUUUGUCUUAAAGUUUGCACUUUCCAAUAUAUAUAUAUAUAUGUAUAAAUGUAUUAUAAUUUGUUGUUCAAUUCUUUGCUGUUGUUGUAAUGUUGGAGAAGCCAAGAAAAGUAAAAGUAUAAAAGCAUACAACUUUGAUUUAUUCACUGUCCCGACUGUAUCUUUGACAUGUCUGUUUCAGUCUUGUUAAGACUGGUAAAUACUGUAUAACAGGUAUUCUUAGGCUCAAGCGUUCUCAAGUUAUCAUCCAGAAACCAUUUAACUGCUUUGUGUCAUUGUGACCUUGACCUUUGACCUACUAACCUCAACGUCGAAGCUGACAUGUAUUUCAUCAUGUUACACCUGUGUACAAAAAAUUGUGAUCCUAGACCCAAGCAUUUUCAUGUUAUCAUUUGGAAACCGUUUAACUGUUUCAAGUCACUGUGACUUGACCUACUGACCUCACAGUCGAACUUGGCCUGUAUUUCAUGAUGUUACACCUGUGUACCGAAUGUUGUUUAAAUCGGUCAAGCUUUCACGAGUUGUCCUCCGGAAACUAGGAAAACCAACCAACAGACUGACUGACCGACAAGCUCACUCCUAUAUACCCCGUCCCCAAAACUUUUGUGGAGGUAUAUAUUAAAUCAUGUGUCCGUAAACUUUUACAGCAGUAAAAAGAAUGUUAUACGGUAUGUUUGUCCGAGAUGACUUUUCGUAAAAAAUACGCAAGGACCUGUAUUCAUCGACGUUUUAAGUAUAAAAUCUAGACUAGACUUAGAACGAUUGUGCCAAGUUACAUUUAAAUAUCUCCAUGAACGAAGAAGUGAUGUUCCGGACAAAGUAAUUUUUGUACCUGACCAUUGACCUUUGUGACCUUGAUCUUAGACCGAGUUCUUGCGCAUGACAAUUCGUCUUAUGGUGGUAAACAUUUUUGCAAAAUUUCAUGAAAAUCCCAGGAAUAAACUGGGCUCAAGUGUUCUCAAUAUAUUGUCCGGAAAGAAUUUAACCGUCCGGGGCAUCAUGACCUUUGACCUACUGACCUCAAAAUCAAAAGGGGUCAUCACCAAACUCGCGACUAAUUUUGUCAUGAUCCUAGGCCCAAUCAUAUUUGAGUAUCAUCCGAUAAUGGAUUGUUCUACAUUACAGACCAAUCGACCGACAUCUGCAGAACAAUAUACCCAUCCUUCGAAGGGGGUCAUAAAAAUGCUACCUCAAAGUAUGACAUUGACCUUAGACCUAGCAACCUGUUUCUUGUGUGUGACACUAAAAUAAUUCAAACAUUUAUCUUCAAGUGUGCCGUCAGGAUUGUUUUAAAUUUAAAACGGUCAACUUUCGAGGAGAAAACUUUCAGCAAUGUUCCUUUCCACAUAAUUACACAUAAUGGGAAUAUUUGUACCAUACUUAUCACUUA